UACUUAUAGUAUAAAUAGAGAUGUAGGAAGAUGCAAAAUGCAUACAGGUAGUUCAACUGCACAUAGAAAUAUCAAGUCGCCACUUUUACAAAUAAGCAAAAUCAUGAAAGUUUUGAUUUUCUUUGCUUUGGUACUUCAGGUAUCCUUGGCUCUACCCAUGGAGAAAGAAAACCGAAUCGUAGGCGGAUAUCCUGCUAGUCCAGGUCAAUUUCCACAUCAGGUCUCUCUCCAACUCAAUGGCCAACACGCAUGUGGUGGGUCCAUCAUUUCACCCUACACGAUCCUCACCGCUGCUCACUGUGUUUAUGGAGUAUAUGAUCAAUUGUAUGUCCUCGCUGGUGUCACUGACUUAAAUGAGAAUGGUGUCCGUGUGGCUGUGGGCCAGAUUGUGAUCCAUGCAAAUUACAACCCAAAUACUUUUCUUGAUGAUAUCGCUAUUCUGCGUUUAUCAAGCGCACUACCAAUUGAGGGAUAUAUUCAAAUUGCUCCCCUUCGAGGUCAGGGAGUCAACCCAGGAGAAACUCUUACUCUAAGCGGUUGGGGGCGCACUUCUUACCCUGGCAAUCUUCCCUCGCAGUUACAUUGGAUUCAACUGGCUGCAAUAGAUUUGAAUACCUGCUCCCAACUACUAGCUGGUUCAACUCCUAUCGGUAACGGCCAUGUCUGCACAUCAUCACCAGUAAACGAAGGAUCUUGCCAGGGUGAUUCUGGUGGCCCAUUGAUUGAUGCCUACGGAAAUCAAAUUGGUGUCGUCUCGUGGGGAAUCCCAUGUGCUAAAGGAUAUCCUGAUGUCUUUACUUCAGUACCAUACUAUUGGAACUGGAUUGUACAAAGUUCCAAAUCAUUGGAAAACGUUCACAUUGUAAACUACCGAGGGAGAAGCAGGCAAUUUAUAAAGAUGCUUCGUCCUCAAUUUUUGCUUCAUGCGGUACUUGUGAUCGUAUUGGUGUUGAUUAUCAUAUGCUAUACACUUGCACUGCCAGCCAAACAUCGCAUAGUGGGUGGUAGUACGGCGAGCCAGGGCCAAUUCAAACACCAAGUGUCUAUACGAAACAAUGGAGCUCACUUUUGCGGAGGAUCCAUCAUCACUCCAACAACUAUCCUUACAGCGGCUCACUGCGUUCACGGAUCCAGCACAGCUGGUAUGACAGUAGUCGCUGGUUCCACGUCGUUAUCCCAAGGAGGAGUUAGCGUGCCAGUGGCGCAGGCUUUGUACCACGCUGGAUUUGAUCCCAAUAGCCUUUUGAACGAUGUCGCCGUCCUGCAUUUGGCCAGUCCAAUCCCACUUGGCGGAAAUAUUCAACAGAUUCAACUACGCGGUUCGACGGUAUCAGGUGGCGAGCGACUUACUUUGAGUGGUUGGGGCCUGACUUCGUACCCUGGUGAAAUUCCUAACAAUCUACAGUACAUAAAUCUACAAGCUAUUGAAAUUGCAAGGUGUGCUCAGGAAUUGGCGGGCUACAGUCCAAUUGAUAUUGGACAUGUUUGCACUACCUCUCCUGUCAACCAGGGUGCUUGUCAGGGUGAUUCUGGUGGACCUUUGAUCGACGCUAGUGGUUACCAGGUUGGUGUCGUCUCGUGGGGUAUCCCAUGCGCCAAAGGAAUGCCGGAUGUCUUCACAUCUGUUGCAUACUAUGCAGACUGGAUCGUACAGAAUGCCCAAUUUGACGAGAAGAUGAUUGUCGAUGAUGAAUAAAAAAACUGGGGCAUUUUAAUUGCAUAUUACGUAAAAUUUCUUUCAAAUAACAAUCACUUUUAUUUUUAAUUAAUUUUGUCAAUGAAUAAAAAUUAGCAGCUGA